GCCAAAUUCCAAAUCCCUACGACGAGAAAUUGGAACCAGAACCGAACAAAACGUAAACGGCCGGACCGCGGAAUGGAAACGGAAGUGACAGCGUUCGUGAUCCGCAGCUCGCUGUCUCCUCGGCUUCUUAACAACGCCGUGUCAGCAGCAGCAGCAGCCGGGAAACGAAGAUUCCUAUCCGCUGAUCUCGACCGAAAAGCGCCCCUCCUCCGGAGCUCCGGAGAUGCGCUGUGGUGGCAGUGGUGGCGGUGGUGUCGGCGCCGGCUCUGAGGAGGGAUGAGGCGGAGGCCGUUCGAUCUCCGGAGGCCGGCGAGGCGGCGAUGGCUGUCGAGCGUGCGGGUAUGGCUGGUGACCGGCGGCCUCGGGGUGCUCCUGGUGCUUGUGGUGCUCAGUCGCGAGAAGCUGCCGAGAUCCGUGCCGCCGUCGAUCCGCCAGAAACUUGACCAUUCUAGCGUUAUUGAAGAUCUUAACAUUACAGAUGAAAUGCUGAGUCCUUAUUCGUUCACAAGGCAAAUAGUAGACCAAAUAUCUAUUGCGAAGGCUUUGGUUGUCAUCUCCAAGGACGAUAACAAUGUCCAGUUUGCAACGGAGCUUUCUUCCCAAAUUCAGAAAUGUCAAGCUGUUCUGUCCAGUGCUGCAACAAGGGGAACGCAAUUAACCAGCAUAGAAAUGGAAGCAGCAAUUCGUGAUAUGGCUUUCCUGAUCUACCAAGCCCAGGAACUUCAAUAUGAUAGUGCAACCAUGAUUAUGAAGAUGAAAGGUCAAUUCAGAUCUUUGAAUGAUAAGAUGAAAUCCGAGACUGACAAGAGCACCAAGUAUGGGCAGAUAGCUGCUGAAGAACUCCCAAAAGGCCUUUAUUGUCUUGGUAUCAGGCUAACCAUGGAAUGGCUUAGGAACCCAAAUGUUCAGAGAGAGCUCUCGGAAGGGAAGCACGUGUCGAAGAAGCUCACAGAUAAUAGUCUCUAUCAUUACUGUGUCUUCUCCGACAACAUCCUUGCUGCGUCAGUCGUGGUUAACUCCACUACCAUGAACUCAAGGCAUCCAGAUAUGAUUGUAUUCCACCUGGUCACGGAUGAGGUGAACCAUGCAUCAAUGAGGGCCUGGUUCUCCAUGAACAGUUUCCGAGGUGCAACCAUCGAGGUCCAAAAGGUGGAGGAUUUUACCUGGCUCAAUGCCUCGUACGUACCAGUUCUAAAACAGCUCCAGAACUCUGAAACACAGAACUACUACUUUUCUGGAAGUGGUGAUAACCGAACACCAAUCAAGUUCAGGAACCCAAAGUACUUAUCAAUGCUUAACCACCUAAGAUUUUACAUCCCAGAAGUCUAUCCAGCACUGCAAAAGGUAGUAUUUCUCGAUGAUGAUGUAGUAGUUCAGAAGGACAUAUCAGAACUGUUCACAAUUAACCUUAAUGGAAAUGUGAUGGGUGCUGUCGAGACUUGCAUGGAGACCUUCCACAGGUUCCAUAAAUAUCUUAACUACUCCCAUCCGCUGAUCCGUGCUCAUUUUGAUCCUGAUGCAUGUGGGUGGGCAUUUGGAAUGAAUGUCAUGGACUUGAGGGAGUGGCGAGAGAAGAAUGUCACUGGCAUAUAUCACUACUGGCAGGAGCGUAAUGCCGACCACACCCUCUGGAAGCUUGGGACACUGCCCCCUGGGCUACUGGCCUUCUAUGGUUUGGUUGAGAAUUUGGACACCAAGUGGCAUGUGCUAGGGUUGGGAUAUACUAACGUCGACCCAUCACAGAUCAAAAAUGGUGCAGUGCUGCAUUAUAAUGGGAACUUGAAACCGUGGUUGAAGAUUGGAAUGGAGAAGUACAAGGGUUUAUGGGAACAGUAUGUGGACUACUCGCAUCCUAUGUUGGAACAGUGCUUCGGGCAUGGAUAGAGAAAUGUGAGGUUGAUGUUAAGCGACAUUCGUGCUAACCAUUAGAUGGUCAGAAUGUGUAAAGCAGUCUAUGCCAUCCGUCACGUGUAGAUAUUUGAGAAAAUUUUCGACUUAAGAUCCACAUUGUUUCUUUCUAAAAGUUUUCCAUUUGAUAUUCCUAUGUCCAAAUGUGGUUGCAAUGUGGUGUUUUGUUGAUGGUGUAGGCCCUGUGACAGUGUCAUGCUUUUGUUACUAUUCAGGCCUCUGUGGCAGGCACAUUAGAUCAA